AUGCGCGCGGCCCUCGCCGUAGCCGACGUCCUUCUCGCCCCGACGACCCCGUUUCCGCCGUUUCCCAGCUGCGGCCCCCCCGCCGACCCGGCCUCCCUCCUACUCAACGACGUUCUCACCGUUCCGAUAAGCCUAACGGGGGUCCCUGCCGUCUCCAUCCCCGUGGCAACAACGCCUACCGCACGGAGAACAACUCCGGCCGUUACAAAUAGGACUAGCAGUUGCGGUUCGGACCGGGGUGGGGCGGGGGGUCCAGGAGGUGCGGAAGCUGGAGUUGGAGCGGCGGCGCCGGGAGCCGGCCAUUGUCGUCUGCCGCUGGGAAUGCAGAUCAUUGGCAGGCCACUGGGGGAAGCGGCAAUGCUCCGAGUUGCGCACGAGCUGGAGAGUCGUCUAGACUUCGCGUCGCAGGUUCCUGAGCGCGUAAGGGAGCCGCGCGCUGAGCAGUGUGUUCGGUAG